AGUGCCAGAAGACGUCUGCAAAGAAAAAAAAACUUGAUAAAUACACUUUUUGGUAUCGAUGGGGAGAUUGUGUGCUAGAGCUUAUCUCUAGAGAUAGUGGUUCAGUCCUCCUGAUUAUUUUUGGUCCUUCGCAGCUUGAUGGACAUCCCUGCUGCUUUACGCACAAGGCUGAAGGCAGUGACGUUGAAAGAAGCAGAUCUGCCGCUCUCCUCGGGAAAUAGUAGGGACUAUAGGGGCACGGUGGUGGAUUUAUCUUGUAGCUAACACCAUGCCAUUCUGGUGCUGCUGUUGGUGGCUGGAUACCAUUAUUGAAACACUGGAUAUCUGAGCGGGACGCACCAUGGACACAGCAGAGGCGAUUGUCUCUUUCCUGGUAGUAGUGAUCAUAAUAGUGUCGUUGCUGUCCAACGUGCUGGUGCUGAUUUGCUUUCUCUACAGCCCGGAGAUACGCAAGCAAGUGCCGGGUCUGUUCAUCCUUAACCUAACCUUCUGCAACCUGUUGAUGACUGUUUCCAACAUGCCGCUCACUCUAGUAGGAAUCAUCAACAAGGGGCACCCUGGCGGGGAAGGCUUUUGCCAGAUCGUUGGCUUCUUGGACACCUUUUUGACUACUAAUUCUAUGCUGAGUAUGGCUGCCCUGAGCAUCGACAGGUGGAUUGCUGUCGUUUUCCCACUAAGUUACCAUUCAAAAAUGCGCCACCGGGAUGCUGCUGUGGUGCUUGGCUACACGUGGGCACAUUCCAUGUCCUUCUCCACUGUAGCAGCUUGCCUCUCCUGGGUGGGGUACCAUCAACUUUACGCCUCUUGUACUCUGUGCAACGCCAGGGCAAGCGGUAGCCGGACUCAGUUUGUUAUUUUUACUGUGGCUUUCCACUCCCUCACUUUCCUCUUGUCCUUGAUAGUAUUGUGUGUCACAUAUCUGAAAGUGCUCAAAGUGGCGCGGUUCCACUGUAAAAGGAUAGACAUUAUUACAAUGCAGACUCUGGUGCUACUUGUGGACAUUCAUCCAAGUGUUCGACAGCGGUGCCUUGAGGAGCAGAGAAGGCGGAGACAGAGAGCAACCAAAAAGAUUAGCACCUUCAUUGGCACCUUUGUGCUUUGCUUUGCACCAUAUGUAAUAACAAGGCUAGUGGAGCUGUUUCCAGCAGUGCCUAUCAACCCCCACUGGGGAGCUGUUUCCAAGUGCUUGGCUUACAGUAAGGCGGCCUGUGAUCCUUUUGUGUACUCCCUGCUCCGGUAUCAGUACAGGAAGACAUGCAGCGACAUCGUUAACAGAAUCUUGAAAAGGCGCUCUUUAAACUCAUCAGGAGUAAGGGGGGAGAAUGGAAGAAACAAUAUUAUACAAACUACAGAGUGAAAGUGGGGGACAAAAAUACUGUUGGCAACAUAUGACUCAAGAAAACCAAAAAGCUACAAAACCUAACUUUCAUAUAGAAGCAGGUGUGGUCUGAAUAACCAAGUCAUCAUAUUGAUCUGCAAGGUGCAUCAGAAUGGGAUGGAAAUAGCUUGUGUAAUACAAAUAUUUAGUAAGUAAGUAAAAGUAAUUUUUCAUACUGGGCUACUGUAAGUUACUGUAGUUAUACUGUGUUGCUUACACAAAAUACAAUACUAUGCUUCAUACUAUACAAUAACGUAUUUUUGGAGACAAACUUUGAAAUGCCAGAUUGAACCCCUAAAUGAUACCCUUCUCUGUCUUUAAAAGCAGAUGGAUUCCUUUCAUUCCCAGUUAAGGAGUAUGCAGUCACUUACAACUAGCAGAUAGCUGAUCGGUGUUCUCCCAUAGUCCAUGCCAGCCAAGCAAGAGCAAUCUCACUGUGCAAGGGAAUCAAUGAUUUGGGUGGUUGAUCUGCAGAUAGGAUCAUAUUGUUCUCAAUAGGCUUUGUAAUUUACCGCCCUUUUCAAAUUUGCUAUUCGCUGUCUGCAAUUUUCUUUCUGAUUGAUUGUAGGGGGAAUGUUACAAGUUAUUGCUCUAUAUUAUUUCCAGUGUCUCCUACUGAAAUGUGUGUUCAUCAAUAUGCACAUUAUAACUUUUACAUUAUGAUGAAGGGGGGAUUCUAAUCCAAGAAGAAAAAAUUGAAAAACAACUCUAGUUGCAUCAGUGUUAAUGGGACAUUGUCUUCAUUUUAAGUCUCCUGGGAAACAGAGCCUUUCCUCACCACCAUACUGUACCUACCAGCUGACGGGGGGAUAGACUUUAUCCGAUACUCCUGGUCUCAGUUGUAAUUUCCCAGUUUUCUAAGAAACAACAGUUGUGCUUUCUGAAACCAAUUAUUGGUGAUGCCCACCAGCACUGUACAUCUUAGCACAAAAAUAAUAAUAGGGAAGAAAAAAUCUCUUCAUUAUGUUUCCGAUGCUGCUGAAGUCAGCCCCUCAGGUUGUUUGAUCAAGUGUAGCAUAACUGACAGUGCUUGCCUCCGCUUGCUUCUGAACUGCAGAAGAACUAAGCCUGCGCAUUGAGUGCCUUCCUCGGUAGACAUGCCUGACUUCAUGGAAAAUGCAGCCCACCCAACUGACAACCAGUGUUACUUUGCAUGCCUUUUUAAAUGGUUCAUGCAAUGUGAAUAGAAAUAGAAAUAUAGCCCAUAGUUUUUUUGUCCUGAAGAUAUUCAGUGAGAUUGAAACUGCAGUGGAAUCGUUUGAUGAACUGGCUAUCUUAAGGUUUUAGGGGUGUGAAAGUUUGAAAUGAGCUGCGCUUCACUUCAUCAACUCCUUGAACAGAGGAUGUCAAGCUGGGAAUUGAAAGUGACUGUAAAUAUACCCCACUCUGCCUCAUGAAAUGUAAAUAUUUUUUUAUUUUUCUAUACAAAAAAAUAUAGAAAAAACAUUAUGAAAAAGGAAGUUUAGUUAAAUUAUUCUUUCUGAACAAAACACUCAGCUAUGUGGAAAAAGAAUGCUGCAUUCGUAUAUUGUACUGCUCAAAAGAUAGAAUUGCUGGGUGAUACUUGCUUAUGGUGUACUGUGGUGUUUCUUCCUAUAUCUUUAGUUUCCACGCAGGACUUUACAAAUUUGUGUUUUUUCAUUGUUUUCUGUAUCAGAAGAUUUGAGAUUUGUUUGACGGCCAAGACAUUUGGUUUUUGCCUUUGAACACAUCAUUGUAAAGAGCCUCUGUAUCAGAAGGUUCUGAUUUGGCCCUACAUGCUGCAGGUUAAACAGGAAGCUUUUAUCAUCUGGACCCACCUGUUAGUUCAUCUUACUUGCUAUAAAUCCAAUUAGACAUAUUCUAUAUGGUAUACUCUAACAUUUCAAAAAAUGGCUUUGUGUCCUGUUAAGCUUCUGUAUAAAAAUAUUUUUAGUUAUGAUAACUCAAUUUGAAGGGAAGCAUUGGCAUUAUAACCUUAUCCAUUUACUGUCUUUAUUUUUGGUUUACAUUCUUUGCCCAUUGGGUAGACAAUUAAAAGUAUUUCUGCCUUCAAAGUAACUUGUUUAUACCAAGCAUCUUCUAGCCAACAGUUAGCACUGGACAGGAGGGCAGUCUGACUCUUGGGCAACUAUGGACAAACCCAAAGUGGAGUAAGGUAACUUCAAAAAAUGUUUCCAUUAUUUGGAUGUACAGUAGCUGCUUAUCAGUUAUUAAAUCACUUAACUGCCACUUAAAGUAUGCCAAAUACGACAGGCUAAAGUUAACUGAAUGGUGUGGGUACAGUUUGACAUCUCUUGGUCUGUAUGUAAUAAACCAGCCACCUACAACCAGUGAUAUAGACCACUGGAGAUUCAAUAGAAGCAACCUAGCAUUUUCAGGGUGAUCAGACUGUCUGUUGCACUCUGUAUAGCUGCAGCACUUUUCAGAACCUACUUUUUACCUGGAGCCAUUAAUUAUCAUCUCAGAUAACAGCGGUGAUGGAAAGGGAAUCAUGCAGAACACAGAUAAAUGACAACAUGGGGAAAGAAGAAAUAACUGAAAACAGUAAUAAACACUAAUUGUUUAAUUUGGGUUCUCCAGAUUCACUUCUUCUCUGAUGCUCAUGCUAGACAAGUAAAGUAGAUGCAAGGCUCAAAUUUCUAACCUAGACACUGGCUGUAAAAUUGGAGGCAUUCCAUGCCUCAAAUAGUGUAAAGUGUUCCAAUGCAAUUGUGUCCUAAUUUGACAGAAAGUGUUAUUAUAUGGCAUUGUUUUGAUUUCUUGGAAAUUAUUUUCUCAGUCUAAUUUGUCUUCGUCUGAUCUCUACCCUAGGGCUUAGAACUGAAAAAGAAAACUCUCUGCCAAAAUUUUCUUCUAUAGAAAAAAUUCUAAAAUAGUAUCAUUGCAUCCUUGCUUCCAAGUGUAAAGGAUCUAAUUUGGUUCUUUUUGACAGAUGCAUUAUCUGAUUGUUUCUUUUUUGUUCUCGAUGAUUUAAUAUUUUAUGAAUGUGAAAUUAUUCCAUUGCUCCUGAGCGUUUUUCGUUUUCAGCCUAAUUAACCUGAACUUCAGUCAGGACAGAGCUACACAUCAGCUACAAAGCAUGUGCUAAACUGUGCUAAGAAGCACUGCUUGAUUGUCACAGUAAAUUGAACGGCUAGCAGGCAAGCAGGACAAUGAAAUAUGCUAAUCCUUUCAUAUUUCUGUUAAAUAAUGAAUGAAAGGGUUUUCUGCUUUCCUCUUCUUCAAAUAUUUCAUUUUUGAAUUUAAAAAUAUUUAGGAAACUAUUUUGCCAGUUCAGACUCUGCUUUAUUUGACCAUCACUAUUGUGAGUGGCAUCAAAAUAGAAGAAAAUGAAAAUGAUUUUUGGGACAGCUUAGAGCAUUUUAGUUUUUACUUUGAAUUGGUAAUAGAUGGAACAUUUGGUUUUGUUCUUACUAAGAAGGUGUAUAUGUUAAGAACUGGCUUAAAAUGGCUUGUGAUACAUGUGACAUUCAGAAACCUAAGUACGUUCAUAACCAUUAAUACGGCCAAUUUCAAUUAAAAUGAAAUAUCUUGUUCAUAGCUCAUGAACUGCCCGUUGAUUUUUUUCAUUACACAUUGUCAAGAGCGUACAUACUUUUAACAGUAUGUUUAAAAGUAUAGUUAAACUUAGCAGGAGUCAUAUGCAGAGAAGUGGAAGAAGUAUAUGAAACCUGUUGUUUCAUUUAUUGGUGUUGCAAAAAUGGAAAUAACCAAUAUGAUGAACUACAUUUUGGUGAAAUCUACAAGAUUAAAAGGAAUUUUGCAGACAUGCACUUCUUUCCAAAUCACAUUGCCAUUCUAAUUCUUAAAACAUUUUGAAAACAAGAAAUUAAAAACAAGAUCAUCACAGUGCCUUCUUGUACUUAAAUUGUGAUGGCACUGCAUUUUUCUUCAAAAUAAUUUAAAUCACACAUUAGCCAUUCUGCAUAUGUAGCCCCCAAAUUCAGCAUGAUUCAAUCAACAUCACAUUUGAGUAUUUUCACUGGAUGUUAAAUCUUAGCCGAUAACUGUCUUCUUCAGUUAGCUUCUUCAUCUUUGCUGCCCUAGAAAAUAUAUGUGACUGUUCAAGAAUGCUUGUUUAACAGCUCCUAUUUUUAACCAAUUCAGGACGUCUAAAAAUGUCCUGAUCAUAAGAAAUGCAGCAUUUAAAAAAUAUUUUUCCUGUAUGGCUGAUACAAGUUCAUUUUUGAAAAGAUUGUUUUUUUACUUGAAACAAGCAAUGUUGUGUGUUUUUCCAGUUUGUAAGACAAGCAUGAUGAAAGUUCUUGUCAGGUUCUGUAUGAAUAACAUUUACUGUAUAACAACAUCUAAAUGUUUUGAAAGAGGUCAGAUGCUUUUGCAGUGUUUCAGAAGUCAAAACUGACAUGUACUAAGCUAUCUUUACAUUAUUUACUAUUCUCUACUAUUCAUUAACAUUUAAUAUGUAUUGAAGCUAUAUAAAAAGUCAGCUUUCAGAAGCUAUUUUUCUAAAGGGAAAUAUUGUUCAAUAUAAUCUUACAGUUUAGGGAUACCAUUUCAAAAUUCUAGUUUAAACUCCAGCAUUAUUGCACAAGUCACAGUUUUGUUCUAUUUAGUUACCGUAUGUUAAUAAACUGACUGGUCAAUAGAUUAAAUGCCUUAAAUAUUGCUGUCUAUCAGUGAUCUUUUUAGUUGACCAAUUAUCUUGUUACCCAUUCAUAAAUUUAAGUGGAUUUAAAGAUAAAAUCUUAUCCUUUUCUCCAAUGAUCAAAAGUAAGAUCGUGGUCAGAUACAAAUUACUUUGGGCUUUUCAAAACCAGUUUGAAAACCAGUCCUUUUUACUGAAAACCUGCUCUCUCCUGGGUAAUGUAAAGUUAACUAUGUGAACUUGAUUUGUUAAUUGUGUUUCCAUACAGCAGUUACAGUAUGUUCUUAACUUGUGUCUAUAGGAAAAUAUAUUUUAUGACAGUGCCAAUUGAAUCAGUAAACUUUAAGUAGCAGUUAAUUAGAGUUUUAUGAUGUAAAAGUUGAAUUUACACUGUAUUCAACAAAGAAUUCACACAAUCAUUCUUUGGUAAAUUUUUUAUACUGUAUAUGGAGGAAUGUAUUAUAAAUAUUUUGUUAACAUCUUUGUUAAAGACUAUGUGCUUGUAAUUUUCAUGUGAUUUAAUUUAAGUAGGUUAUAAACUGUCUUAGAGAAAUGCGUGGCUUACAUGGUACGUGAAAACAAGUAAAUAUUAACUGUAGGGUAAAUUUGUUUAAUCUUCAUAGCUAAUUCACUUAUAAUUUGUAUUAGCUGAAGAAAAAAAGAUUGGAUAAAACAUUGUUGUGCCCGUAUACUUAAUGAAAAUGUAACUACUGUGUAAGUGCACGUGAUUUUAUUCAGAUACAAUGCUACAACAAAUCUCUUCCUCACAUAUAGGUAAAAAAUCUUUCAUGUUUUCAAAAAUUGCAUUUAAUUUCAGAUUGAUUCUAUAUCCAUAAAGUAAUUACAUUUUUAACCCUAACCCACAAUAUAAGGUGGAAACUAAGGUUAAAUAUACUGAAGUAAAAUCCUUAAUUUUUUGUUAUUAUGAAAAUGGAUGAUUAUUUUUUAACAGACGGUGGUGGUCCAAAAAAAAGAAAAAAACAUAUCAGUGUGGUUCUUGCAUAUUGUGUAACUGCACCAGAUUAAGCUGCCAGAAACAAAAUGGAAAUAAAGGUCAAACUCCUAUCAAUGGAAAACGUAACAGACUGAGAUCUAAGAUCUGUUCACUCAUCUUUAAUUCUCAUUUUCUUAUGGCUGGUAGAGAUGACAAUGGAGCUGGAAACAUUUGGUUAGAUGAUGCCAACAGCUGCAAUUUAAUUGUAAUUGGUAUCAUUGGUGUAUUACAAGAUCUGUGCAAGCUCUGUUAUGCCCAGUGAGCUGUUCUCUUCUUUUAGGAUCACUGUGUUGUACAGUGGAAGCUGAAACAACAUGCUCAGUACAACUUGCUCUCAGUGGGAUAGACAAAGUAUUAGUUUACUGGGACACAGAGUGUGGACUGUGUAGCACAGCUCCACAGAUGAUCACUUCAGUACUAUCCCUGCACUGGAGUGAGUCAUCUAGUCUGGAAUCCUGCAAGUUCAUUUUUAUUUUCAGGGACGGUUAGAACAAAAAUAAUCAUUUCUGCCUGUUGAGCAUGGAGACAGCAAGAAUCAGCUGCAAGAAAACAUAAAAAAAUGCAGUGCCAAAAUAUCAUUUACACAUAAUUACUUUUGAAAUACCUUUAAUCUUUAACUGUACAGUAUGUCAUACCCCAAACUGUUACAUUUUAAAAAGUACACACCUAAAAAUAGCAUGUUGUUAUUGUUAUGAGUUAGAAGGUAAAUAUUUGAAUCUUUCUAUAACUCAUACAGUAACUUAGACAGAUCAAACUACUAUAUCCUUAUACUCACAUUCAACUUCCCCUUAAAUAAUUUAGAAGAUCAAAUUGUUUUGAUCACAAAUUGAAACUCCAGACACUUGUGUUUCCAAUUACAAGGGGAUAAAAUAUGCCUUAUAUGUGCAAUAUUAGAGAAAUGACACACUGUUGUAGGAGAAUCAGGUCCCAGCAGUACUGUAGCUCUUGAGUGCACAGUACUUUCAGUGCCCUCCAAACAUAUUGGAAUUUAACUAUUACAUUUGGUUUACACUCAAGCAAUUUGAAUUUAUGCUCAUGAGAAUUGGACAAGCUAAUAUAAUAUACAUUACUGUAUAUUUUGGAAAAUGUCAUGCAUGCAAUUAAUCAUAUUAGAAAAUUCCAUACUUUGUGUUGUGUUUUUUUGUGACCAAAAGUAUUGGAACACAUUCCCUUUAAGAAAAUUUGAAAAAGUCAGUAUUUAAUUGGACAUGCCUUUGAGGCAAUAACUGCGUGAAGUCUGUGACUCAUUGAGCUCACCAAACAAACUCUGUACUGUCAAUAGAAAUAUUUUGCUAAGCCUUUGCUGCAGCCAUUUUGGGUUCUAGCAUGUUUAUAGAGUCUUCUGACUUAAUUUUGUCUUCAUUUUGUAAAAAGCAUGUUCAUUUAAAACUGGAGAUUGACUUAACUGUACACCUUGGUUACAUUGGCCAUGUUUGUGUUUAUUGACAUGCUAAAGCACUCAGUAAGUAUGGUAGUAUUUUCUUCUACAAAAGAAGACACAAUAUUUCUGUAAAGUCCAGAAUUCAUUCUGUUGCUGAUAUCUGUAGAAAGAAAAUACAUCGCACACCCGAAGAAGGCUCCACAGCCGAAAAGUUGUGUUUCUUUCUUCUCUUUUCAG